AUGCUCUCCUUUGCCAAUCCAACCACUCCUACUACUGUUCUCACCACUUCUUCCAAUCUGAUGUAUCAUCAACAACAACAAUUGACUCAAGAACAAGUGACCAAACUUUACAUGAUCUCACAUCUGUCACAAGUCACCGGCGAAUCACAAGACAAAUGUGCACACUAUUUAACAUUUUUUGGUUGGAACAUGGAAGCUUGUCUACAAGCAACUGUUGCUUUCUGUCGUGAACUCUGUGAAAAAUACGGAAUGAUUAAUUUGUUUUUAGCGAGACGAAUUGCAGAAGAAUCUCAAUUCAACAUUCAAUUAUGUCUUUCACGAAUGGAAUUAGUUAUGAAAUUAAUGUCUCAAACAAGACUCAUUCAUGUCUUUGCCUAUGAUUGUUUAGUGCAAUAUCAAUGGAAUUUUGAUGUUUCUUUGAAGAGAUGUAUUGAAUUAAUUGCCAUUCAACGUCUGCCUUCCCAUGCAUUUCUUCAACAACAACAACAACAACCAUUUUCGACGACCUUUUCCAUGACAGGAAAUUCAAUGUCGACCAAUAAUAAUCAUGGUUUGAGUGUCAUGGUUCCACAACAGCAACAACAACCAAACACUGUAUUUACUUCAUUACAACAAACUCAAAAUGACUACCAUUCACAACCAAGAAGAACAACAAUUGUGCAACGAAGAAAUUAA